GUUUAACAUUUACAGUCAACUUUCGAAACCUCCAUUUCUACUCUCGCAGAGCUCUGUUAAUCCCCUUUUCCUCACACUCUUCAUCAGGUUGCAAGCCUUAAUUUCAACAGGAAGAUGGCUUUACUGAACCAGCAACAAGUUGAUUAUCCGAACUUCAAGCUUGUCAUUGUGGGUGAUGGAGGAACUGGGAAGACAACUUUCGUGAAGAGACAUAUCACUGGCGAGUUUGAGAAGAAAUAUGAGCCAACUAUUGGGGUGGAGGUUCAUCCGUUAGAUUUCUUUACAAACUGUGGAAAGAUCAGAUUCUAUUGUUGGGAUACUGCUGGACAGGAGAAGUUUGGUGGUCUUAGAGAUGGAUACUACAUUCAUGGACAGUGUGCCAUUAUUAUGUUUGAUGUUACAGCCCGCUUGACCUACAAAAACGUUCCUACAUGGCACAGGGAUCUUUGCAGGGUAUGCGAGAAUAUCCCCAUUGUUCUGUGUGGUAACAAGGUUGAUGUCAAGAAUAGGCAAGUGAAGGCCAAGCAAGUCACAUUCCACAGGAAGAAGAAUCUCCAGUACUACGAGAUUUCAGCAAAGAGCAACUACAAUUUUGAAAAGCCUUUUCUUUACCUUGCUAGGAAGCUUGCUGGGGAUCCGAAUCUUCACUUUGUUGAGAGUCCUGCUCUUGCCCCACCAGAAGUGCAAAUUGACAUGGCAACACAACUACAGCACGAGGCCGACCUUGCAGCUGCUGCAGCCCAGCCACUUCCAGAUGAUGAUGAUGACGCUUUUGAAUAGGCAGGAAGAAGAGUGCUAUGAGUUCCUCAUGUUGAUGUUUCCUUUGUGAUUUCAUUUCUUGGUUUUCUUAUACAUCCCAUUUGAGAAGGUGUUGGAUGCGUUACCAUCUGGUGAUCUUUUCUUUCUGUUGCUGCAUGGUAUACUUGGGACCUAUUGGCCCCAAGAGUUUUGAGAGUAUAUAUUGCAAUGAAGGGGUUAAUGAAUUUUGAUUGCAAGGUAAAACCAUAUUCAGGUGUUGGAUCGAACCUACCGUUUUGGCCUUCCAGUGAGAUUCUCAUAGUUUUAAAGAAUGGCGCAAGAUGCAUGAAUUUGGGGAAAUUACGUAAAAUAGGGCACUUGACAACCCCACUGAAGAAGUCCUUCCCCUUUGAUGGUAUAAAUUUCGAAUUGUAUACAAGUAGGCUAUGUACUUUUGAUAUAAGGAGGCAUUAAUCAUAAUUUACUGUUAGAUUGAAA